ACCCGCCGCCGCUCAAUCGAUCCCACUCCGUUGUUCGUCAAGGCCUCGGACCGUUUACUUUGGUUUGUUAAUCUCAAUUUCUUGGACCGGUGCAGUGAUAUUGUGAUAGUGUUAUUUCAUUAUAGAGAGGGGCCGGCGACUAUAUUCGCCGAACGUGGUAUUUUAAAUUCCGUCAAAACUUCCUCGAUUGUCGGUUUGUAUUAUCGUUAACAGGAUCUCAAUUAUAAAUAUUAAGUUUAACUAGGCGUGUUCUCCCAUUAAGGAGAAGUUGUGAUGGCGCUUAUUCGUUUACGUUUUUAAAGGUGCCUAGACGUUCGGUCAGUUUGUUAUGCUUUUAAACGUUAUUGGUCUUGGUCAUAUGGAUUUCUGUCAUCAAAACCCAUAAUUUUCGUCGAAUAAAAUACAAUAUUCAAAUGAAUAUUAUUUAUGUUUUAUUUAUUACAUUAUUCAUGUGAAAAACUGUUGGAGUCAACUAAAUAAACAUGAAUUCGAGCAAUAGUAUGUAAAAUAUUAUUUAUUAUAUUAUAAUAUAAUCUUUAUUUAACUCAUUAAAAAUUUUAUAAAAUCUCUUAUGUAUUUUAAAAUGAUGUCGUUUUAUUGUAUAAUAUCUUAUUUUAUUAAAUUUUUUACAGGUAAUUUGUUAACAUCAUCUAGUUACCAAAAUAUUAUUGCGAAAAGAUCAGUUUUUGAAGUAACAGAAGAGUCUGUGGGAAACUGUGAGUAAAAAAUUUAAUUUAUUUUAUAUUUUCCAUACUUACCCAUGAAACAAAUAUUCAUCAAUUAAAUAAAAAUCGUACAAUCAUAAAAAAUAUUUUAUUAAAACAACCAAAUACCUUAAUACUAAUACCUAGUGUUUUUAAUAAUUUGUAUUUAUUGAAUCCAGUUGUUAGAAUUCAUAGAAUUAUUAUUUAGGUACCUAUUUACUUACCUAGAUACUUACCUACUUUUACUUAGGUAUAGUCAAAUAAACAAUUGAAAUCUUGAGUUGAAAGUUGGAACUUUAAAGUUUAUCUUCCUUAGGAAUUUUUGGCAGAGUAGUUACCAUUUAUUAAUCUAUAGACAAAAGCUUUGAAUUAUAUAACAUUCUAGAGGCCAAUGAUUCUAGAUCAAAUUUUACAAUCAUUCACAGAUAUAUAAGAGAAUGACCAUUACAGUUACGUCUUAAAACAGGUAUACAUAAUACGUCUUGUAUAUUAACUGAGAACAAAAUUAACUUUGAGAUUAAUUUGAAAUAUAAAAACAAACAUCCAUGGCUUAACCUUGAAUCUAUUAUAUAUCAAUGAAUUUUACAUCUCAGAAUAAAUGUUUUUAAAAAAAAUGGUUCUUUAACUUUAUUAAUGACUAAUCAUUAUACAAGCGUAAACGAGUAAAUAUUUAUGUUGUGUCAUUGUGUUACCGAUUCCAUUGUUAUACGCACAUUUUUUCUACUAGAAAUAUUGUUUUGAUCCAAAAAUAUCUGGACACCAGUAAGUCAGGUUUUAAGAUUUUUCAAGCAAUUUUCAUAAUAAUUAGGAAAAAUUGGAAGAUGUAAAAUGACAAAUGUUACAGUGAUUGUGUUAUUUAAAUUUUUACUGUUUAUGUUUUCUAUUGGAAAUAUUGCUCCAAUAGAAAAACGACAAACAACCACUUUUGUUGAAUUUUAGUUUCAGUUGGUGAGUGAUAAAGUCUUAUAUUUUUCUAGUGUACCUAGUUUUCUUAAUAAUUGAGAAAAAAUGGUAAAAAAUAAAAAGAAUUGAAACGUUUACAGAAAUACUGGUUUUUUAAUUUUUUUUUUCUGAUUCUAUUAAAAAUAUUCUUAGAGAUAUGAAAUGUUGACAGAAAACAUAUAUUUUCCCAUUCUAGAUGUAGUAAAAUGUUGCCAAUUUAAACUUUUUAUAGGCAUUUUUUAUUUUAAUUUCAAAUUUAAGAGAAAAUUCAUUAUAAGUUGUAGCUAAUUUGUGUUCUACUUUGACAAAAAAUUUUACCAGAAAUCUUGCUUUGAUAUAUAAAUGUAACACAUUUUCUGAAAGGAAAUUCUAUCAGGAUGGUACUUAAGGGAGGUCAUUUUUUGAUUUUUAAGGCAGUUUUUAUAAUAUCUGGGAAAACCCCAGAUAAAAUGAAAACAUUUAUGAAAGUAAUACUUUUAUUAUUUUUAAUUUUGUUUUUUGUUAUAAUUUAGUUAAAAAUAUUUAUAGAGAUUUGAAAUUUGGACAGAAAACUUAUAUUUCUUUUCAAGCAUUUUUGAAAUAUUUAUAGACCUUUUAAUUUUGCGAGUUUUGUAUAUAAUUUUUAAUAAGUAGGUACUCUGAGGAUAAAAUUUUUAGACUUAACAGAAAAAAAUAUACAAAAUCACGUUGGGUAGAUAUCAGGGAAAAAACAAAUGCAUUUUGGGUGCACCUAGAGACCCAAGCCUUCAUAAUAUGACAUAUAUAUUGUUGAAAAAGCAAUGAUUAAUCUUUGCUUAUAGACAUACAUUAAAUUCCCCUUUAUAUCCUACUUUUCCAACCUCUCAUCUACAACAGUGGUUCACCCAUCGUAUUAAGUAUGUUCAUCUUUUUUUUUAUAUUGGUUUUAAAAUUAAAUUUUGAUAAAAAUUGUAAAUAAUAAGGCUUUUAUAUCAUGUUUCCAAACUUCCCUCGGAAUCAUAUUUUGUUAACAAUGGUUUAUCAUUAUUUAUAUAAAUCAAUUUAGUAAACUUAUACAUCCUUUGCACUUAAAAUAGUGACACACCAGCAGUGUUCCUUCUUUUUUUUUUUUUGCUUGGUUUAUUUUAUUUUAUUCUUACUCAUAAAUUAAAAAAAAAAUAAUCCAAUUUUUGUUUUCUAAUAUCAAUUACUCUGUGUCAACCCUUACUUCUUUAUUAGUGGUUGACUUUAAAGUAAAAAGUAGUUGUUCCCGGUGAGUGAGAAGUGAUAACAAAUAUACAUCUUAACAAACUUUGUAUUUACAAUAUUAGUAGGGUAAAAUAGUAUGUACUAAUUCAAUUUUUGUAAUAAUGAAUUUUUAUGAGUUAGAUUCUAUUUAAAUAAUUAGAUUACUAUAAAUAUUAAUUUGAAUAAUGAUUUAAAAAAAAAUAAUUAUAAAUGUAAAUCCAGUUUAGACACAAGUUAUACAAUGAUGUUUAUUUUGUUGUUUUAUUUGAUUAUUAUUUUUUUCAAUUUGUGUUCUACUCAUUUUGUAUAAAUUAAAUCUGAUAAUUUUAUUUGUGGAUAACAAAAUUCUAUUGAUUUUUUUUGGUUUUUCAGGUAAAAAAAUAAAACCGAACUUUCAAGAAGAUAUUAAUAAUGUGGUUCCAGCAUCUCAUGGAUAUAUGACAAGACAUAAACUAAAACAAAAACAACUAGCAAGUAAGUUGGGAACUAAAAAUGUCUAUUAUUGUUUUAAAAGUAUAGAUUGAAUUUAACAACAAGUACAUUAACUUUUGUUUAUAGGUGAUAAUCAUUUUAAAACUAAUGUAUCACUAGGGACAUCUUUUGAUAAAGAUAAAUCAAUUAUUCAACCAAUAAAAAGUAUGUACUUCUAAGUAAUUAUUUUAUUUCAAAAUAUUAUGUGUGUGUAUAUAUAUAUAUAUAUUUAUAUAUUAUUAUAUUUGAGUUAAUACUUAAUUUAUUUACUACUUUGUUUUUAGCUACUAAAAAAAAAAAAAAGAAACCUACAAUUACAUAUAAAAAAAAAGUGGAACUUUCUUACGGUAUGUAUGUUCUUUCUAACUCCUAAAAUAUAAUAAAGAUAGACGAACUAUUUAUUUUGUAUUUUAAAUAUUCAUUUUUUUGUAGACAAUAACAUUUUUGGAACAAAUAUAUCACUAAUAAAGACAUCUUUCAAAAAGGAAAAAUCAAUAAUUCAACCGAGAAAAAGUAUGUAUUUAUGUUUGCUAAUUGCUUAUCUUUUUUGUACAAAAAAAGUUUUUUUAUUUAUUAGUGAUUGAAAUGUGUCACUGAAAAAAAUUUGGCUACAACUUAAAGGCCACUGGUACUAUUUUUUUCUAUGCAUAACCGACAGCAGUGAAGGGUCUGUUUAACACAAUACUUCUCUCACUACUGCCAUUGUUUAUUAAAUAACUUAUGGACGAACUUAGGAGGUCAGCAAUUAUUUAUUAAGGGGGCUGUGUAAUUUAAAAAAAAAUUUGAAUUUUCAGAGUAGAGUAAAAAGAAAGUUCAACCUCUACCUAUUUGGUGUUUCAUCUUAUUCAAUACCUCUAGAAAAAAACAUAAAUUUAUGAGUCAAUCAAAUUUAUUUAUUUUUGUAUUAAAAACACAAUUACAAUCUAUGUAUAAAAAUGGACCCUAUUCUUUUAUCACGGCAUCGCUUGAGAAUACAUGUACCCAUGUCAUUAAUCUUUUUUUUUUAAAUAAAGAGGACUAAAGGAGCAUAUUCUUGGACAUACAUUUAAUCCUAUAAAGUUGCGGUUCUGAGAGGAAUGUGUGGUGGUGAUGAAAUGACAGUGGUGCUAAAUAAUAUAUUUUUGUUUAUUGUUUGUAUGGUUGCUAUUGUUCGCAGAUUAAAAUAAUAAUAGUAUAUUGGUUAAUCGGGCAUGUUUAUUUAUUAAUAUUUAUUUUUAUUUUUUCAAUAAUAUAAUUAGUAAAAAUUGUAAUGGUAUCUGAGAUUUGAACUUCACACUGUUGCACUAAUAUUAUAAAUAUCUUUAUAAACUCUAUAGACAAAAAUUUGUCUAUAGAGUUGUAAUAAAAUUGUUUGUCAAAACGUAUCUUUGGUAAUUAAUAAUGACGCAGAAUUGUAAAUAAAAUCUUAAAAUUUUAUCAAAUACAGUUUUUUAACGAUAACUCGGUGGUCAUUUCAUAAAUUCUUCAUACUCCAUUAUAGAUAAGUCUUCAGGCUUAUUGUUAAUUAAAAAUGGAAUUUUAACCCAAUUAUAUCGUUGGAUAAAUUGUAAAUAUUUGUUUAACAAUGCAAAACUAUCAAUUUUAUAUUUUUAUGUUGAGAAAAACACAUAGCCCUACUAAAACUUCUAAACUACAACACAAAGUAUGCGGAUUUAUAAAUAGUAUAAGGAUUUAAACAUUUAAAAUAAUAUAUAAAUAAUAUUGAAUAUAAAUUAUAAAUAUAAAAAUGUAACUGAGAAAUAUAAUAAUAGUUUGGAUUUAAUUAAUACAGAUGUGCUCACGGAGCCCCUAGGCUACUCUUACGGAGACCUAGGGCUCCACAGAGCCCAGUUUGAGAACUGUUACCCUAAGGAAAGGCUCAUAUAUUCCUAAGCUAUAUAAAUUAGCUUUAGAAAGGGAUGAGUAGACUGCCAUCCAUCAAUAUCCCCUUGUAAUCUUAACCUUGAUAGAGGGAGAGCUAGGCUUUUCAUGGCCAGUUUGAAUUUUCUGGUCUGAGAUCUUGUAUAUGAAGUCUGAAAGAUCAGGCAGCAGGCCGCCUUCAACAAACGCCGUAACUGGUGACCAGAAGGAUUUUCAGUGAGGGCAGUCUAAAAGACACUGUGUGCCCAGCUGUAUCCUCUGGGUAUCGACAUUAAACGCAAUCUGUGUCAGGGGCACUCCCCAUACAGCAUAGGUAGUGCCUGAAAUACCCAUGCCCCAAUAAAUUGUGUGUGACAUGAAAUCUAAGAUCCAUGGGGUGUCUUGUCACCCAUUUCUUCAAGUCAGGAAUAAUCCUGCUUGUCCAAACUAUGUUUGUGAUAAAAAGCCACUGGUACUUGUCAACACUUAUUUUGAUAAUUAAGUGACAAUUUUGUAGGUUACUCUUAUAGCUAUUUUUAUAACUGUUGAAUCACACCAUUAACCACAGUCAUUACUGUGUCACCAAUAAGCCUCGCGUCACUAUUUAACAUUUUUAUUACCACAGUGACCAAACUAGGAACAUUUUUGUCACCAUAACUAAAUAAUGGCUAAGUGAUUUGUUGCUUUUUACUAAAUUAUUGUAUGCUAAUAGUGUAUCCAUGAGUUAUGGUCAUGCAAGGGGUAGAAUCUAGCCCCAUGAAGAUAUACCUAUUUUAAUGUAUAAUAAAAUAAUAACUUCAGAUUUUUUAUUUUAUUUAUUUAUUUUAUUGAUAAUUUAAGAAAUAAGUGCCUUUAAAAUGUAAUAUAACCAUUAUUUAUUGUCGCCCUUAUUUUAGUGGUUGGUUGACGGUUGAAAGUGAAGUGACUAACCACUACCCACUUUUAAUUUUUAAAUAACAACCUAUAUUAAAACUGCUAUAAGUAGAUGACAUUUUCGUGGGAAUACAUUUUCAUAUUGAAAUUUUUAACUUUUUAUUAACUUGUUGACAAAAUAUUCUAUUUUUAUGGUUUGAGUAGGGAGGAGUUCUAGAGUACUUUUUAAAUACCUAGCGCUGAAUUAAACAUUUUAAUCAAUGUACCAUUGGUUAUAUAUAUAUAUAUUCAGCCAUACAGGGUCAUUCAAAUUUUAUGAUCCUAUCUGAAAUACUAAAAAAAAUUCAUGUAAAUAUUUUUCUUUAAAACCUAACCAAAAUAAUGGGGUGAGCACUCUUAGUGAAUCAUCCUGUGUAUUAUAUUUAAAUUAAUUAUUGAUUUUAUUUUUCUCUUAGCUAUACAAAUAAAGAAACCAUCAAAAACAUAUAAAUCCAAAUCUAAAUAUGGUAUGUAAAUUCUUGUUGACUAUAGAAAUAAAUAAAAAAAAAAUUGUCUGAAUGUGUUAAUAAUACUCUGAUAUGUAGUCUACAUGGUCUACAUUUUAUGUGCCAUGAACCAAGGAAUAUAUUAUAUUAAAUACCUAUCUCAUCAAAUAAUGCAAGAAGAAAUCAAAUUUUGCAUUUUUAAAAGAGAAAGCCAAGUUAACAUUAUUAAAAAUUAGUAGUUUUUUAAAUUCAAUUUUAUUUGUCAAGUACCUAGCAUAACAGCUAAAUAAAUUACAUUUUUGUUUAUUUUAAUUGUUGGUUAUUUCAUAUUAAAACUUUUUUUAGGAUAACUGAUGUUAACUUAAAUUAUGAUCUCUGUAUACUUUACAUUCUUUGUUUGUGUAUGUAGACUACAUAUUACUAUAUUAGUAUUUAACUAUAACAUUGUCAUUUCAGUGUACCUUUUCUAAGGAGUGACUUUUUUAAUUUGACUUUAUAUAUUAUUAUUAUGUACCUUAGUUAUUCUUAAGUACUUGUUUUAAUAAAAUUACAAUAAAUAUAUUUAAUUAAUAGAAAUAAUUGUAUUAUGUAUUUUAGAUGUCACUUUUAAUAAUUGUUUACUAGCCGAUAAACAAACUCAUGCUCAACGUCAAAAAUUACCUUCGUUGUUUGAAUCAGAUUCUGAUUUAGAAAUCGAUUAUUUUCAAAUAAAUCACAGUAAAAAAAGUAAUCAAUUACUUUUAUUUUAUUAAAUUCUUUGGUUAAUGUUUUUUAUUUAAUAGGUAAAGUUAAUGAGAAAUUUGCCAGUUCUCCUGAAAUAGAAGAUAUAAGACCUGUAUUUAACAAAAGUAAUAAAUAAUAUUAUUCUUUUGUAUAGGUACAUUUGAGUUUAUUUAUUUUAUUUGUUUUGUUUUUCAGAUGCUGAAAUUAAAACUUAUUAUAACAAAAAAUCAAAUAUUGUUAAGAGCCAAUUAAAAGCAACAUGUAAGAUAACCUUUUUUAUAUGUUAAUUAAUAUUUUUAAUUAUUUUAUUUUUUUUAUAGUAAUGACAUAAGUAUCAUAAUAAGCUGUAUAUAGAAUAAUUAAUCCUUGGAUAGAGAGUUAUUACUUCAAAAGUAUCAUAAAGUAUUUUUUUUUUUAGACAUUUUAAGAAACAAGUUACUCUUAAAUGUUACAUUAUCAUCAUUUUGUCACAGUUAUUUUUUUUAGAUGAAACCACCACCCAUUUCAGAUUUUAAAAUAAUAACCUAUAUUCAAAAUUACUUAAUAAUUUUCAUUUAAAAUUUAAUUUGGUGUUGAAAUUUUUAAUUUCUAUAAACCUUUCAAUAAGAUUCUUCUUAAAAGUUUGUAUGGGGGAGAGUAAUAGAAUAUAAUUUGUUUGGUGGCGUAGUAGGGUAAGGUUCUCAAAAGACAAGAUUUAAAAAAAUUUAAGUUUAAGUUAAAUUUAAUUUUAAGUUCUAUCAAAUUACUUCUUGUAUAACAUUUAAUAUUUAAUAUUGUUUAAAACAUUUUCACAGAUAUUUAACAUUUUAGGUAAAAUUGGCUAUUAAUUUGCUGAUUUACAAAUAGGAACCUCUCUCUCAAAACACCCUCUCUCUAUUUAUAUACUAUUAAAAAUAUUAUAUAAUUAUUAAAAUUAGAAUAAUCUAAAUUUAAAAGCAAUAACUCAACAUUAUGUAUUAAUUGUAUUUAUAAAUAAAUUAUAAAUGUUCAAAUUAACAAUCAAUUUUCCUAAAUAUUUUAUAUUUUCAUACAAAUCUUACAGUAGUAUAAAGUAGUAUAAAACAAAAUAUUAAAAAUGAAUAUAAUAUAAUUAUUACUAGAGACUUUUGGAGAUAAUUUCAUUAACUGGGAAUUAAUUCACUGGGUAAAAUAACCAUAUUAAUUUAGUAAACACAUUUAAUUUAUGUUUAUUGAAAACUGUAUUUUACUUAUGUUAUUCAACUAAAACUUACAGACUGUGAGAUGUGUUAAAUAUGUAUUUAUUGUAAAACUUUUAUAAAAAAAAAAAAAUGUAUUAUUGUUAAAAAUAUGCCUUUGUCUAGAUAAUGCUAUUGGAAAUCAACUUAUAUCUGAAGAAAACAAUUUCUUAGAGAAAAUGAGUGAUUGUUCUGUUUUUCAAAAUAACAUAAAUUCUAAUAUCAAUACAACUGAUGUAAUGACUUAUCAAAAUACUUGUGAUACCAUUAAACACGAAGAAAAUAAGAAAUUAGAAAUGUUCACUAAUUCAAUUAAAAAUCAUGAUUCUUUUCUAAAUGGGAAUUUAAAUUUUAAAUUAGUUAAGUCAAACAAAUCAGCAAGUAAGUUUCAUUUUGAAACAUUAUUUUAUUUUAUUGUUGAUAAUGAACAGUUACUACACUACUAGAGUAUUCACAUUAAGCUGUCCUCAAUACAUUUCUUUUUAGGCUGUUUAAUUUAUUUGUUUCAGAUUUACAACUAGAUUCCAAAUGCUGUUGUAGAUCAUUAUUUAAUUUUAACAAAGAUGCUAAUAAAAUAUCAACUUCCAAAACCAAACAUUUUGCAUUCGAUGAUGACAAAAAAAAAUUUCAAACAUUUUUACAACAAAAACAAUUAGAAGCUAAUAUGUUGAAACAGCUUAUUGAAAGUAAUGAAAGUAUUAUUCAAUCAGAAGGACAUGUACGGAAUUUGAAUUUUCCUUUAUUUAAUCAAAGUCGUACAAAAUUAAUUAGUGUAGAUAAAAAUAAUCACAUUGAACCAUAUAUUUCACAAAUACUUAAAGAUUUUUAUGUAGAUUUUGAUUACUUGUCUGAAUGCUUUGAUUCUGAUUCAAGUGGUAAUACUUAGAAGUUAAAAUAAAAGAUUUUUAGUAAUUGAUUUUAAUUUAUUUGGUUUUAGAUGAUGAGUUGAAAGGAAGCAUUAAUUUAAAUAUUAAAAUUUAUAAUGAAGCUCCAAUACCAAAUGACAAUUUGACAUUUAUGAAAGGUGAUGAAUAUUUUUAUUAUGUUUUUUUUUUCAGUUAUCUAAUUCUAGCUAUAAUAUACAAAUAAUACAAACACCAAUAUCCCUUUAAAUUUAUAUUAUAUCUGUGUUUAGGAUAAUAUUGCAUUGGUCUCUGGUUUAAAUGUUGAGCAUUUCCCAUUGUUGAGCAUAUGUUUUUCCAAUAUUUUAGUAAUCUAGUUCUCAAGGAUUACCAACUAUAUUCUGAUUUUCGGAGAGCAUUGGUGGGUUUGGCAAUUUUUUUCUGCGUCUCAAUCAAUGUAAAUUACCAAUUUUUCUUCUUGUAUUAAUUUAUAGAAACAAUAAAGGUAGUAAAAUCAAAUUCAAAUUAACAUACAGAAUUCAGGAAUACAUAUAAAAUUCAUUUUAACUGUAAAUACUGUAAGAGUAAUAAUGAUUAUACAGGAUACGUUUUUAUUACAUAUUUGGUUUAUUGGUAAAUAAAUUUUUAUGUUUAUUCAAUUUUAUUUUAUAUUUAUCUACAAAUCAACUUUUAUUUUGUUUAAUAUUCUAUAUAAAUAUUCCAAUAUGGGUAUACCACUACUACAAAUAUCUUUUACUAAAUUUCAGAUGAUAAUUUUUUUACUUCAAAUAUUAAAUCACUUAAUAAACCUUCAGAUACUGUUAAACUUUCUAAAGACACCUUUAAAAAAUUAGGUAACAUUACUCAAUUCUAUUAUAAUAUUAUAAUUAUACUUUUAUACAUUCAUAAAGUAUACAAAUAUAUUUUGUAGACUUUAAUAAAAGUGAAUUAAAUGUUACAAUAUCAAAAGAAGAAGCAAUUGAUAAUCUUAAAUCUCAUAUGGAGGAAAAAGCUAAUUUUAGUUUAAUAAAAAAAAAUUGUGACUAAUUAUUUUAUUUUAUUUUUUAAAUAAUGGGCAUAUUAGCUUAAAACAAAUAAAACUAAAUAAAUUAAAUGUAAGUGUAGUAAGUUAACGUUAAUAGGUAUUCAUGAUAUUCCAAAAAAAUUUUUGAUUUUCUUGAAAAUUAUUAUUGAUUCACAUAAAAGUAAAAACAAAAAAAAAACUCAACUAUUUUCUUUAAAAAUGAUACUUUCGACCUUAACGUUAGCAAGUCUGAAAACAAUUUGGAAAAUUAUUAAACUCUAAGGAACAUAAUAUAAUAAAAAGAAAAACAUUUGAUAAAAAAAAAAAAAAAUAUUUCAUAGUGUAAUUUAAUAAAAUAUUACAAAUAAUUUUUAGACAUAAAUAUUAAAACUACAACUACUGAUAUAAAACAAAAUGACAACCAUAAUGUGGUUUUCGACAAAACUAAAAUGUGUAAGUUAUUAUCAAUUUAACAUCAAUUAGACAUACUUGUACAUUCUGCAUUAGUCAAGUAUAAAUUUAUUAUUCCGAUGAUAAUAUUAUUAAACCCAAUGUUUCAACAAAAAAAGAACAUUUUAAUAUCCCAAAAAUUUGUAUAGAGAAUAAAGUUCUUCAUACAAAUGAAUGUAUUAAAAAUAGUAAGUUUAACUAUUUUUAAAAUGUAUUAUUACCAUUUCAAUAAAUUGUGGGUUAUUGAUUUUUGUAAAUAUCUAUUUUUUUUAUUAAUUAUUUACAAACAAGAUCAUCAUUUGUUAUAUCUUGGUUGCACAUAUAAAUACUCAUAAAUCUUGUAAAAAAUAAAUAUAUUAUCUAUUUAACCUGUCUGCUGCAUAUAAGAAUUUCUCUCACAUAGUUUUUAAGUUGAGAAUCACUGUCUUUCUUAUAGCCAUAUUUUCCCCAAAUUUAGAAUACCUAAUACCGACCUAUUUAAAAAUAGAUUUAUCAAUAAACAGGCACUUAAUCAUUACAAGUAAUAAGAUUUUUAUUUUUUAUUUAGAUGAACAUUUAAACACGAAAACUAAUAAAACUACUGUCAUUACACCAAAUGACGACCAUAAUGUUAGUUCUAACAAAAAUAAAAAUGGUGAGUUAUAAUUAAUUAAAUAAACUAUUUAGUGCCAUUCUCACCAAUAUAAAAUUUGAUUUUUAAACAGUUUACUUGAUAAUUGACCAAUCAUGGUCGUUUGUCAUCCAUAAAAUCAGAUUAACGUUAGUGUUUAUAUUGGGGAGAACGGUCCUUAUUUAUACAUUUCCACUUAAUAAAUUAUGUAUAUUGUAUUUUUUGGAUGGUAUUAUAACUACAUCAAAUGUUCAGAUAACAAAUAUCUAUUGAUAUCCCUAAACUUUGUAAAUUAUAGUGUUCAUUUGAGUUUAUUCAAUUUGAGUAGGUCAAAAAAUCCACAAAACCUAUUGACUUCAAUAAAUGUAUUAUAAUUAAGGCUUUAAAUUUAAGGUAAUAUAUAACCUUAUUUAGAGUGACAACCUGAAAAAGUUAAAAGAAUUUUGAAAUUUUUUUAAGAAAUCGAAGAAAAUCAAGAAUAUCUAUAAUUUUUUUAAUAAAUAGCAAUUUUUGAUAGCAGUUCAAGUUGUUUUCCCAUAGUAAUGAUAUUUUUGAUAGUGAAAGUAAUAAUGUUUUAGACUUGUAAUUCUAGUUAUAAUAUAAAUGAAGGAACUUGAUUUGUUUCCAGGUUAAUUUUAUUUAUUAAUAUAUGUUACAAAUACAUUAUAUAUAUAAAGAUAUAAAUUUAACUACUUCUCUAAGUUUGAGCUUGGAUUGGAAUAGAUUAUAACCAUUUAUCCUGUACUGACACAAAAUCAUGUCAUGGCGCAUUUUAAUCAUAACUAUUGUGACUAAAUAACUUUAUUUUAACAUAUGUUUACAUAAUUGAAGUAUUUGGUUAAAAUAUUAAGACUAAUGAAGCAAAUAUUUAUUUAUAUUGAUUUGUAUUAAAUAAGUUGAGAAAAUGAAGGAUUGAAAAUUGAGUAGGUAUUGAAAAGUUUUUAAGAAUUAAAAGUCUAAAAUAUUUAAUAAUACAAUUAUGUUGGUAAAAAAUGUUAUUUUCUUUCUGGAGAACUUGGAAAAGUCAGAAUUUUCAAAUUUAAAAAAAAAGUGUCAACCCUAUUUAAGCAGUAAAAAGGAUUGUAAAAAUAGUACAAUUAAAAUGUCGAAAAAAGCAUAAUAAAACCUUAAAAAAUGCGUUUGAAAUCCCCAAAUACCCUAAUUGUUGACGGAUUCUAAAAAUUCACUACUAAUGUGUUACAAUUACUCACUGUGAUUUACCUUAUUGAAUUAUGACAAAUUAAAUGUUUUAAAACCUGGAUAUAAAAUAUAAAAUAAGUGUAUAUUCAUGUAAAAAUGUAUAAAAAUAAAAAAAGAGCUGAUACUGGGGAUGGGAGUAGCCACUGUUGUAGAUGAAUAGUUGGGAAGGUAGGAUGCAUAAAAUUAUUUCAUUUAUAUCUGUAGGCCAGAAUAAACCAUUGCUUGACGAUCCUACCUGUAAAACAUUUAUUUAAAUAAACUUAAUAUAUUAUUGGUCAUAAAAAUUAAUUAUUAGAUUGACAUUAAAGAUAUAUCAUUGAAAAAUUAAUUACUAUUAUACUUUUUUCUGUCAAAAUUUAUAUACUAUCUAGACCCAAAAUUCUAUAAUUCAAUAGCUUUAACAUUUAGGAAAAAUAUCAUAGGUAAUCAUUUUACUUAUCUGUACUUAUAUGAUUACUUAAUCAUAUACUUAUCUUCAGAUACUGUCUCGAAUGAUUAAUUUUAAUUUUUAAUAUACAAUUUACUUUUUUAAAUACGCUUAAAAUAACUAUUUUUAUUAAUAUUAUAUCCAUCUUAAUUAACCAUAUAAGUAAUUAUCAACAUUAUUAUGUAUUUGUAUUUAAAUUUAACCCAAAUUCAUUUUUGUAAAUUUGUAUUUAUUAGAUGUUAUUCCUAAGCGGCAAAAUUCAAUUGUAUUUGAUUUAUCUGACCAUAAUAAUAUUGANGUUCAUUUCUACUUUGUUAAAAGUUAUACUCAUAUUUUUACAUUUAAAAAUAUAUGAAUUAAGUAUUUUAACACAUCUGUUAAAUUAAAUUGUUAUUUUAUGUAUUUUUAUGUUUAGAUGAUUAAUCUUGGAUGUUAUUAUGUAUAAUUUUUAGAUGUUAUUCCUAAGCGGCAAAAUUCAAUUGUCUUUGAUUUAUCUGACCAUAAUAAUAUUGAAAGAGACAGAAGUUCUAAUUUAAUUAAAGAUACCAUUGAUGAUAAUGUUUUAACUUCAGAUAUUAAAACAAUUAAGCAGACUAAUAAUUUUCAUAUUUUUAAAGAGGAGAAUGAUAAUUCAGGUAUAAUUAUAUACAUACUAUUGUAUUCGUUCAUUUCUAUAUUGUUAAAUUUUAUUUGUUUUUCAGAUGGUAGGAGUAUAUCAAAUAUGAAAGUAUCAAAAGAAUUUAUUAUUAAUCCUAAAACUUGCGAGAAGAAUUUGGAUUCUUUAGGUAAAAAAAAAAAAAAAGCACUAACUUAUUUUACAUUAACGGUUCAAUUUACUAAAAUAUUAUAAUCAUUUUUCAGAUAAAAAUAUAAACACUGUAACUAAAAUUACUAAUAUUAAAAAUAGUGAUGACCAUAUAGUUAAAUUCAAUAAAACCAAAAAUAGUAAGUAAUAAUAUUUAGGUAACUAUUUGUUCAUUUCUACUUUGUUAAAAGUUAUACUCAUAUUUUUACAUUUAAAAAUAUGUGAAUUAAGUAUUUUAACACAUCUGUCAAUUUAAAUUGUUAUUUUAUGUGUUUUUAUGUUUAGAUGAUUAAUCUUGGAUGUUAUUAUGUAUAAUUUUUAGAUUUUAUUCCUAAGCGGCAAAAGUCAAGUUUAUUUGAUUUAUCUGACCAUAAUAACAUUGAAAGAGACAAAAGUUCUAAUUUAAUUAAAGAUACCAUUGAUGAUAAUGUUUUAACUUCAAAUGUUAAAACAUUUAAACUAAUUAAGAAUGUUAAUCUUCUUAAGGAGAAAAAUGAUAAUUUAGGUAUAACUCCAUAAAUACUACACCCGUAUAUUUUUACAUUGCUAAAUUAUUUGUUUUUUAGAUGGUAAUGGUAUAUCAAAUGUUAAAUUGUCAAAGAAAUCUUGUGAGAAGAAUUUUGUUUGUUCUAAUGAAAAUAUAAACACUGAAACUAAAAUGUCUAAUAUUAAAAAUAGUGUGGAUCAUAUAGUAGAAUUCAAUGAAACCAAAAAUUGUAAGUAAUAAUAUUUAAGUUAUUAUUAUAUUACAUUUCUACUUUGAUAAAAGUUAUAUUCAUAUUUCAUACUUUUAAAUUAUCCUAAAGAGCAAUAAUACAUUUUGGUUUAAUUAAAAACUAUAGGCUACUUGUUUUGGAAUAAUUAUAAAUAUAAGUUUUAUUAUAUUGUCACUUUUAAUAUAAUAGUUUUGUAAUUAAUGUACAUUGAUUGUUAUGAAUAUAAUUUAUUAUUUUUUUAAGUUUUUCCUGUUUCAAUGUUUUGUUUUAUGUAUACAGUGGAAUCCGUUUAUUUGGGACACCGCAUAAAGGGGACUGCUUAAUGGGUACGAAUUGGCAUAGUCCCGAACGUAGGUAUUCGUUUAAGGCAAUUUAACUUCGUUUAUCUGGAACAAACAAUCGGUUAUAAGGGACAAAAAUAAGAGCGUAUUAUUAGAUAUUCUGACCUAAAUUAUCUAUCUACUUCUUAUCAAAACUGUAAUUAUCUAAACUUUUCAGUUCUAUUAUAUAGAUAAUGUCAAUUAUGUCAAUCAUUUAUCUAAUCUUUGUAGCUCUAUCAUAUAGGUAAUCAUUUACUUUUUUUCUACUACCACGAUAAGAGUCGAUUAGCCUACGUACAAAAGCUUUAGUUCGUGUUCUUUCGUUUCUGCGUAUUAACGUAUGUGUGCUUUUAUUGAUCUCAGUUUGUGUUAAUACGUAACAAUUAUGUCUCGUAAAGAUUUAAUGUUGAUUGAAAAAAUUUCUAAUCUGGAUAAAAUUAAAGCUCAACUUCAUUCAUCCAGUCUCCUUGAGUUAGAGAAAAUAAUAGGUACCUUUAAAUCGGUACUAAGCCGAUUGAAACUAAUAAAAAAGCUAUUCGUAAACAGUAGAAAAAAUUAAAUGACAACAAAAAUGCACCUGUAAACAGAAAAAGAAAGCGAGAAGGCAAAGAUCCCGAAGUAGACAAAGCUAUGAACGAAUGAUAUUCUGCUGUUACAGAAUGUGGUGUUAGUAUUUCAGGCCCCAUGUUACAGCAGAAAGCUGAAUUUUUUGAUGAAAAAUUUGGACAUGGUAAUUUUAAGGCGACAGAAGGUUGGAUAAAUCACUGGAAGGACUGGAAUAAUAUUAAAUUCAAGCGAUUUCAUGGAGAAAAAUCAAGUGCUGAUUUGGUUAAUCAGGACAAUCGGAUAAUGGGGACAAAUAGGUCACCGCCCAAUGUGUUCCAAUUAAGUGGAUUUACUGUAUAUAUAUAAUUUUUUACUUCUAUUAAUCAUAUAUAAUAAACUUCAUAGCAUACAUUUCACAAUUUGUUAAUAAAUUGUGUUGUUUUUGAAUCAACUAAAUAGAAGUGGUUGAUCACACCUAAUUAUAUACCUAAAUGUGUAUUUAAAAAAUAAACUCAAGUUAUUAUAAACACAUUUAUUGUGUUUAUUUUCACUUACAAUAUUAACUCUAUCUCGUGUAUAUUUUAUUUUCUUUAUGUUAAGACGAUUCAUACAUUUUCUUUAAAAUCUAUUGAAUUACUUAGUCCAACAAAAUUGGUAUGAUUUGUUUUUAUUAAUUUUAAUUUUUCAUUGUGUUAUAUUUGUGUAUUACAGAAAUCAAAAUUAUAUUUAUGUAUCAUAAGUUUGUCUAAUUAAACAUUUUUAUUUUCAGGUACUAUUCCUAAACAACAUAAUUCUAGUUUAUUUAAUUUGUUUGAUUAUAAUGAUAUUGAAAGUGACAGUAGCUCUGAUGAUGAUUGUUAUAAGUUACUCAUUGGUAAGUUGUUUAUAAUUUAAAAUAAUUAUACAAAUAAUGCAUUAGAACUUCACAAAAUAUGUAUUUUUAAAAUAGGACAGACUUUUUCUUAACACUAUACUUUAAUAGACUAACAGAACUAAUCAAUUAAUUGUCUUAAUAGAACUAAUAAAAAAAUAUUUUCCAUAAACUGCUGGCAAUUGAAAGUUGAUUCUUUAUUAAUUUUGUUCUGUACUAUUAUUUAUCUAAGUCCAUUUUUAUUUAUUUUUGGCAAAAAAUUUAAAUAAAUGGAGAUUUAUAUUACCUGCUGUUUAAUUGAAUGUUUUUAAAUGGUUAAACACCCAUGUCCCCAAAAUAGGUAGAAAUUAAGCUCUACCUUAAAUUGCUAGUUACUUUUAUUAAUUUUAUUUCCCUUAAAUUUAUUUUGAAUUGGUUUAUUUUUUUUUUUGUAUGUAGAUGAAAAGUUAAUAAACUCUAAGAUAUCGGACAUUCAAAUUAAAAAUGGUAAUGUUUAGUUUAUCUUAUUUGGCUUACCUUAAUAUGGGAGAAUAUUGUAUCUCUAUUAAUUUUUUUUAGAGGGAGGUGUUCAAUUGAUGAAUGUCAAUGCUAAGAAAACGAAUAUUCAAAUAAAAAAUGGUAAUGUUUAAUUUAUCAUACUUCACUUACAUUAGUAUGGAAUUAUUAUAUUAUGUUAUUAUUUUAUUUUGUUUUCGAUCAAGAUCAUAAAUUAGAGAAAGUAGAUGCUAUACAAACAAACAAAAUUAAAAUUUUAAAUGGUGGGUGAUCAAUCUAUCAUAAGACACUCAUUCUUGGAAAGUAUUAACUUUUUUCAGAAUUUAUUUUCUAGAACAAUUAAGAAAAAACUGCUCUACAAUUUUAUAUUUAUGUUAUUUUUUGUCAACGUUUUGUCCACUUUUAAGUUUGGGUUCAAAGAGUAUAGUAAAGUAUCAUUUGUGGAGUGGUGUGGCACGUGGCGUGUUAAUAAUGCUCUACCACUUUCCCCAACCCAAACUUAAAAGUGGAAUAUCACGUUAACGGAUUGACGUAAAUCAAAAAUUUCAACACCAAAAUAUAUUUUAACUAAAUAUUUCAUAUAUUUAUAAAAUUAAUAUAAGUUGCUAUUUGAAAAUCAAACGUAGGUCGUAUUUUAUCCCCAAAAAUAUGGGUGAAAAAAAAUAACAUAAAUAUAAAAUUGUAGAGCAGUUUGUUUCUUAAAUUUAAAUAUUCUAGAAAUCAAAUUCUGGAAAAAGUAAAUACUUUCCGAGGUAAUGAAUGUCUUACGAUAUAUUGAUCACUUUGUAUACUAACGUUGUAAAAUAUUUUUUGUUAACAUUUUUUUUUUUUUUAGAGGAAAGUGUUCAAUUGAGAAAUGUGAACAAUAGAAAUAUGAACACUCAAAUCAAAAAUGGUAAUGUUUAAUUUAUCUUACUUCACUUAUCUUAAUAUUGAAAUAUUGUAUUAAGUAGGGUAGUAAAUAAAUGUAAUUAUAAUAUAACAGUGUAAUACAAAUUUGACUUAAAAGUGAAGUACCUUCUAAUUUUUAUUUUUUUUAGACAUAUCUAUAAAAUAAUUCUUCUCAAAAUGUUGACUUACUAUUUGGUUUGGAAGUCGGUGCUCAAACACUAACAAUAAUUUACUUUUUUCUGGAUUUUGUAAUUAUUUUGUACAGUGUAAGAAUAACAACAAAUAAGUAUCAAUAUAGAUUGUGAACAGAGUGUGAAAUAUAUUGAUUUUACAAUAUUGUUGUACUUAACAACUUUUUUAUCAACAAUUUUGCAUCCAGUUUUUAUUGUAAUGCUUUCUGAAAGAUAAUUUGACUGGGGUGGUCAUUUUUUGAUUUUCCCAAUGGAAAAAUGGAAAAAAAUGUAGAAAAUAUAUACCCUAUUAAAUAAAAUAUGGAUGGUGAUAUGACAAAAGGAUCUAAGCAUUACAAUUCAUAGUUUUCAGGAGUUAAUAAACAUUUAUUUGUGGUUUUAACAUUUUUUUUACGCCUUUAAUAAAAAUACACAUUGUUAACUUUUAUUGUCUUUUAGACCAUUUAAUUGAAUGAAAAGCUAAAAUAAAAAGUAUCGUUUAUACUCCAAACUUAAAAUUCAAAUUGUUCAUUAAAUAAUGGUCACAGCUGUUUUUCGCACACACAAUUAUUUUAUUAUUUGCUAAUAAUCAUUUUAAGUCCAUUCUUGAGGUGGUUAAUACAAAAACUAGUCUUAUUUUAAAAAUAGUUUUGAAAAACCCCUUUUUUUAAUUUCGAAAUUUUCUACAGUGACAUUUUUUUCAAGGAAGGAAGUAUUUCCUCUGAUUUAUCUUUUGUCCUUUUCUGCUUUUAUUCCUUUUUUUUUUUAUUUCGUUUCUCAAGGUGUGUGACUUCCAUGCAAAAUAAAACAAGUUUAACGGUCCCAUUCCAAAGAUAUCAUAGGUGACUUUCUAAAACCUUAAAAGCUGGAAUGCUGAUUUCAGAAGGUUUAUCCUUUCUUGGUGCUUCAGCUGCAAGUAGGACUUCAAUCCAUGCUUUAGUUUACAAUAGUACUCUGAAGUACACAAACCACUGUAGGGAUUCUUCCUUUUCAUUAAGAUAAAAUACAUCACAUUGCUUGCAAAAUAUAAAAAUGUUAUUGAGUAAAUCUGUUUUAGCAUCCACCAUGCAUAAUGGACUGGACCUGGAGCAUGCCAAUGAAUUUUUAAUGGUGGUUUAUUCAAAACAAUUAAUACUAAUUUGCAAAGCUCUUGAUAAUUAUCUCUUAACUGAUUUAUUUUCUAUUGAAAAAAACUCUAGAGUUUUAAGAGUAGUUUCAAUGAAUGUAUGUGUUUCUCCUUUUACUCCACUUCUAAAUAUUUAUUUUUAGAAGAUAACUUCAUAUUAUUUUGAAUCUUUUAAAUAUGGGAAUAUCUGGGGAGUUUGAUGGACCAAAACACUAACAUAAAUCUGUAGUAUGGUGAUGCCAAACUAGCUAUUACAUAACACAACCUAUGUUUUUUUCUAGGAGAGUAUAUACUCCCUCUUUUUCUAAAACAUUUUAUUCACACAGCAUCUAUUGCAUUCUGCCCAUCUCAGUUUUUAACUUUGGUACACCAAAAAGUUUUUCUUCCUUAUCUCUGGAAACCAACAGACAUUCGCUCAAUAUUUUUCUAAGAUUCAGACGAUCUCCCUUUUUUUUUAAAAAACAGCAACCACUUAUAAUGGUCUUUUUCGGUCAUAUCUAUAACAUGCUUUCAUAAUCCCAUAGGUAUUACAGUUUUAGACUACACUAAAAUGAGUUCUACAACCACCAAGUGACUUAAAUUACGUAUGAAUUUAUUAACAUAUAAAAACUAAUGAAACUGUUUUAAAACUUGCUUUAUUAUUGGAAGUCGAUAGAAUAUGACUCAGAAUCUCUAAUACCUAUAAGAUAAAUGUCAUCAUUAAUUUAAUAGAUCUGUAGUCACAGGGAAUUGGUUUACAAAUUUGAAUAAAAAAAAAAAUAUAUCGUAAUCAAUAUUUAAUUUCAAUGUUUGAGCAUUCAUUAUCUUUUAACUAUAGAAAGAAGCUGAUAUUUUAGUAUGAUAACACUACAUAGAUCUAAAAAAAAUUAAGAGUUACUCGAGCCAUAAAUAUAAAAAAAAUUCACCAUUUGAUUCAUCCUAGUAUUAAGUUACUAUUUUUAAUUUCUCUUUAUUUUGUUUUAGACCAAGAUAAUAAAUUAAUAAAUCUAAACACUGACACAAAAAUUCAAAAUAAAAAUGGUAAUAUAUUCUAAUGUAACCUAAUAUACCUAACUUUUGAGAAAAUAUAUUUUCAAAAAAAAUUGUAUCUAUCAAAAAUCAGAUAUCUUUAAAAUAACUCGAUUUCCUUAAAACCUAAAUUAUAAUUGUAUUUAUGUUUCAGCCAUAAAAUCUGUUUUACCAAAAAAGGAAUCUAUUUUAUGUAACAAGCCAGACAAUUCAUGUGUAUUAAAUGAGGCAGAAACUACUUUGCAAGAUUAUAAUUUAUUCAUGAGUAUAGAAAAAUGCAAUGAAUUUUAUAAAAAACAACCAUUAAAUAAAGGCAUAUCCUUUAAUGAAAACAAACAUUUUUCAAAGUCUGUUCAAGAUAUAUUUUCUGAGAUGUAUGUUGAUACAGUUUUUGUAUCUAACUGUCAACAUAUGGUUGAAUUGUGUGGUAAAUAUAUACAUAUUAUUUUAAUACAUAAUUAUUAAAACUUUUAUACAUUUUUUUUUUAUGCAGAUGGUCAAUUAAGAAACGUAGAACUUAUGAACAUAAAAAAUCAAAACUGUAAUAACCAUUUCUAAACAUAAAUAGCUAUAGUUUAAAUGUUAAUUGUUGAUUGAAAUGGGUAAAGGUAUUUUUAUAGUUAAAAAUAAAAUGUGUUAAAGGCAUUAAUAGUUCAUAAAUAAAUUUUGAAUUAGUUAUAAUUUAUAUUAUUACUCGGUGGCUCAAGUAUAUAUUCAAUACUUAAUUUCAUUGUUUCAUCAUUUUUACCUAAAUAUUAAAUAUUAAUAUUUUUCAAUUAAAAUAAAACAAAAUUUAGAUUUUAUAUUAUAACCUGGUCUUUUCUUAUUCUAUAUUACUAACGUUGGGAAAUGUGUGUAAAUCAACCUUAGUAGGCUCUUUCUAUAAUUCUUUAAUGAUAUUUUUAAAUCAGCCAAAUUUAUUUUGCCCAUAGUUGAUAGUUCGGUUUAAUGCAAAUAUUAUCCCACUUAAUAUUAUUUUAUAUUGCACAGUAUUUAUUUAUUUUGUUUUUGUUUUGUUUUUUUUUUUUUUUUUUUUUUUUUUUUUUUUUUUUUUUUUAACAGACAUCUAUUAUUAAAUUUUCACUGUUUUUUUUUUCUAGACAAAAAUAAAAUGUUUAAAGAAAAAUGCAAUCAACCAAUCCCAAACAACAUUCAACCGAUAACUGAAAAAGAAAUGAAUACAAAUUGUAAACAAAGCAAUAAGCCCCUACUAAACCCAAUAUCUACAUUACAGAAGUUAAAUUCUUCUCAGAAACAAAAAAGUAAACUUUCUUUAGAUAAUUAUUUAAAUAACUAUGAUGUCCACUCUCUCUAAAAAUAAAAACAAAUAUUAACAACUUCUUAUUGAUUCUACACAAGUAGUUCAAUUGAAAUUAUGAAAGUUCAAAUCUAAAAAACUACCUAUUUCUAAGUUAUACAAAGUGAUCCGUUUAUCAUAAACUAGUGAUUUUUUCUAAGAAUCCUAGAAUGUAAAUUUGGUUUCUGGUUUUUUUUUUUUUUUUUUUUUCAAUAAUUUCUAUUUAAAAAUUAUCAAAAGUUUAUACUCAUUUAAGAUAUAAGAUCUAAGUAUAUCAAAUUAAAAAUAGUGUUGAAAUAAAGUUUAUAAUGAUUGAAAAAUCAGAAAUCUAAUUUACUCAGUCCAAAAGGAAAUUAUUGAUUCAGGUUAAAUGGAAUACUUUAUGUUUAAUAGCUUUGAACCAAGUGUCGCAAUUAGUUGUCGAUGCUUGGAGUGCAUUUCGGUCCAAAUGGGCUAAACAAUUUUUGUAAGAGGCAGAUUUAAAAAAAAAUAUUUACCAUAAUGUUGUUAUAUCAGAAGCUAUAGAGGCAUCAAACUUUGACUUUGAUUGUGAUACCGGUUUAAUCUAAUUAUAUAUAGAGAUUGAUUAAAAAUGUAUGUUUCAGUGAUUUUAUUAUGUAAAUAUUCAAAAUGAAGGAAAAUGAUUAUUACAAAUGUUUUUUGAUUCGUUAAACAUCUAAAAUAAUUUGUACAUUUUUUUCUGUCUUUUGGGUGUCAACUUUUGAAAUUCAAAUUUGAACCUAUUUUCAAAAAGCCAUAAAUAGAUUUAGUAUUAGUUUACAUUACACAAUUUAUAGAAGAUUAGUUGUAUUGAUUUACAAACAUUUUGUAAUGUUAGCUAACACUAUAUUUAUGGAUUUUUGAAUCUAGGUUAUCAUUUGAUUUUUCAAAUGGUGACACUCAAAAAUGACAGUACAAAUAAAAAUGUACAAAUUAUUUUAGGUGUAUAUAAAUCAAAACAACUUUUGUGUUAUACAUUUUUUUCUAUUUUUGAAUAUUUCUAUGGUUUAAAUAAAUAUAUAAUUGUUAUUUAUUUUAUAGAUAUAAGUAAUAUACAAAUCAGAAUGAAGUUAAGGGAAAUGUUAAAAUCAAAUCAACCCAUGAACGUAAUUUUGAAAUCGACAGAAUUCAAAAAUUUAAGUAAUUUCUGUGAGGAAGAAAUCUCAAGGUAUUUUAUUUUAUUUAAAAUUAUAUUUUUUAUAAGUAGAUAUUUAUUUAUUUAUUUUCUUUCAAAAUUGUAUAGUACAAUUUGUGUUUUACUUUUCGAAAAUAUAUUCAAUCCACUAAAAAUAACUGGGCUAACAACCUUUGGAGUAAAUUGUGAAAAUAUGAAUAAUGAAGAAAAAAAUGAAUUGUUUGGAUCUACUAAUUUAAGUAUCACUUGUCCAAAAAUAAUGAAAUUAACUUCAAUCACUCUAGAAUUAGUAAAAUUAUUACAAAGUGAUAGACUGAUUAGUAUGAUCUUAAAUAGUAUUCGGAAUAAUAUAUUGAAUAAAAAGAUUAAUCUCAAUAAUAAAACUGUAAGUAAAAAAUACAGUAGAAACUAUUUAUAACACUAUUAAAAGUAGAAUAAAAAAAAUAUGUCUAUUAUAGUUGUUAUAAAUGGUUUAUACUAAUGCUUUCAGUGAUGUAUUUAUGUAUAAUUCCUUAUUGGUUUCAGGAUCAUCAAUUAAUAAUGCAAACCUUAUAUUUGGUUGAUAUUUGCAAUAGAUUAGGAAUGCUGAAAUAUAUUCAAACAUUCAUUUGGGAUUCAAUAGUUUUGUUGCCUAAUAAAUAUUGUUGUGUUCUAUUUAUGUCCUUAAUGUUAUGGAACAAUUGCUUACCAGUGAAACUAAAUAAUGAACAAGGUUAACAUAUAAUUUAGAAUAUUAAUUUACGUAUGCAUUAAAUAAUCAUUAAUUGUUACAAAAUGUUAAUUUAGAUCCGGUUAUAAUAAUGGCUAUAUCAUAUUUAAUUGCCAAAAGAAAAUCUUAUUCGAAAAUCAAUAUUGAUGCAACUGUUGAUCAUAAUAUUUAUCAACAAGAACUAAUCAAUUUACUUUCAUUUUAUUACAAUUACUCAUUUACUGUUGAUUUGCCUACUAAUUUGAUCAAACAUAAACAUAAACCCGGUUUGUUAAUUGAUUUAAAUUUUAUUUUCACAUAGAUAAACUAAUCAAUUAUCAUACAAUAUAAUAUUUUAUAGAUUUUUUUCCAUCAGUAAUGAUGGUUUUAAAAUGUUCUUAUGCUAAAGACAUGGUAGAAUUUACUAUUCAUUGCCUGUUUCCUAUAAUUGAAGAAUACUUGAAUACUCAACAAGAUGAAGCAUACGCUAUCCAAACUAUGGAAUCAAUUUGUAAAUAUAAAUUACUCACAUAAAUUAAUAAAUAUUUUAUGCAUUAUCAAAUUAAUUUUUUUCAGUUCAUUCAUUCAAAUUAUUUAGAUUCUCUUUUAGACCUACUGUAACUGGUUAUCUAAACAGUCGUAAAAGUACAGAGAAUAAUUUUGAGGAGGACAAAACAUCUACCUACACAACCUUGUAUCAAAGUUACAAAACCUUGCUAAAUAAAAUGAUUGAAUACAUAAAUGAUAGCCGACCUCGUAAGUAUAUUUAUUGUACAACAUAAUGUUCUUUAAACAAAUACAUACAAUUUUAUCUCCAUUUCAAGGUUCUCAGUACUUUGAAGAAUUGCUGGUGUCAAUAAUUAUGUUAUUGGGAUGUGUUGAUUAUUGUACCUGUUGUGCAAUCUUAAUGAAAUGGGAGCCAAAAUUUGAACCAUCUCCAAUUUUAACCAGAAAAUAUGAUAUAUUUAAAUCGAUUUUGGGUCACACCUUAUGGAAUAGACUGUGUGUCAUAGAUGAUAUAAAUACAAUUAUGUGUUUAAUAAAUGUAUGUACUUUAGGAGAUGAAUUUUAUCAUACAUUAGAAAAACUGCAAUAACUUAUUGUCAGCUUGAUUAAUUGUUUAUUCUGAUAUUUGUGAUAUUAGGUUUAUUAAACUUUUGAUCAUAAUUAUGUAAUUUUAUUAUAUUGAGAACAAUAGUUUUCAUUUAACUAUUUGUAAUAAUUUUUAACUGGCUUUAAAUAGUUUUGAUUGAUAUAUUGUUUAAUAUUUUCUCAGUGCUUGAGUUUUGUGAUGGAAACAAGUUAUUUAUACUGCCCUGCUAAGCAAAAAAGUCGUAACUCAAAGAAAAAAUGAGUUGGCUAUGGGCAUUUUAUAGGUAUACCAGUUAUACACAUUUUCUGUGGAAAAAAACCCAGAAAUUACAUUGCAAAGCUUUAAAACAAUUAAAGUUCAUUGAAAAUGCCGUAAAGUAAUCAAAAAAAUUAGUGUUACUAAAUAAGAGCCUAAAAUAUUUUCAUAGAUAUGGCAUUUUUUCCUGCGGUUGCUGUAUAAUAGUGUAUUUAUAAUUUCUGUAUAAAUUGUUAUAUUUGGAAAGUUUAUUAUUUUGGUACUUAUAGUUUAUAAUUAUUUUAUUUUAUUAUGAUCGUUGCAAUGAACAUUAGCAAUAAUGCCGUAAAAUUUACUUAAGACAUAUUUUCUUAUUAAAUAAAAAUAUAUAUGGCUUAGGUUGCUAAGUAAUAACUUUAAAGUUACUCUAAUUCAUAUAAGUCAAUAAUACAAUUUUGUAUAAAAUCAAAUAGAACAGAAAAUAAUAAACAUGUAAAAAAAUGAAAAAUACAAAAAUUAAUUUUUCUUAAAACUUAUAUAUUUGAUUUUCGACACUUGCUUAGGGCAGUAAUAAUAGUUACCUGUACCAUAACUAUACCUAAUAUGGUAUCAUGAUGUUUGAUUAAAAAGUUGUGAUGUCCACAUGUGUUGUCUCCAUCUUACAAAUUUACCUUCAGAAUGAGUGUACAGAUGUGCUGUUCUAUUUAAUAUUAUGGUGAAUUGAGCUUUUACUAAGUAACUUAAAGAAAAGAAAAUUUUGAAGAUAGAUGAGUUACUCAUGUAUUAUAUAAUAUAUAUAUAUAUAUAGUACCCCACAAAGAUGUACCCAUUGCAAUAUCUCGGAAAAUAUUAACUUUUUUUUUUCGAAAAACUUACGAAACAAAUAGUUUUAAAAUGCUAUUUUAGUUUUUUUUCGGUGUGAAAUAACUACUUACUUUUGAUUUUUAAAUGUCAACCUGUGUUGAAAAUAAUUUAAUAUAUAAAGUAUUAGUUAAAAU